AUGACCUCAGACGAUGAGGAAGAAGCAUCUGCAGUAAAGGAGCGUGUGGUUUGGGUGGACACUAAGAGGACUCAGGUGAGGAGUAAAUCGGGGAAGCUGAAGGAGAAGGAGGUGACAGUGUUGGAGGUGAGGGUUAAAGCUCAGCCCCGAGGAAACGAUCAGUUUCAGGAGAUCCUCUACAGCACAGAGUCCCACACCGACCGAGCGUACUGCCGCAGCGGCGUCGACAUCCUGCCCUGGAGGAACAGCCAAUCAGCUGAAAACGGGAUUCAACCAGUUGAGAUGACCCUUGCACUGGACAGACAGAACCAAACAGAGGAGAAAAGUGCAGCAUCAAACGUGAAAUAAGCAAAUGCACGCUGAAUAAAAUCAAUUAUAUAUAUUUAGCUCUGUAAAAAAAUGAAGAGAUCACUUCAGUUUCUGAAUCAGUUUCUCUGAUUUUGCUAUUUAUAGGUUUAUGUUUGAGUAAAAUGAACAUUGUUGUUUUAUUCUAUAAACUACAGACAACAUUUCUCCCAAAUUACAAAUAAAAAUAUUCUCAUUUAGAGCAUUUAUUUACAGAACAUGAGAAAUUACUGAAAUAACAAAAAAGAUGCAGAACUUUCAGACCUCAAAUAAUGCAAAGAAAACAAGUUCAUAUUCAUAAAGUUUUAAGAGUUCAGAAAUAAUCAAUAUUUGGUGGAAUAAUCCUGGUUGGUUUUUAAUCACAGUUUUAAUUUCAUGCAUCUUGUCAUCAUGUUCUCCUCCACCAGUCUUACACACUGCUUUUGGAUAACUUUAUGCUGCUUUACUCCUGGUGUAAAAAUUCAAGCAGUUCAGUUUGGUGGUUUGAUGGUUUGUGAUCAUCCAUCUUCCUCUUGAUUAUAUUCCAGAGGUUUUACAUUUGGUAAAAUUAAAAGUUUGGUAGAAACUCUUUUUUAAAUCAUUUUUUAAGUGCUCUCUUAUUUUUUACAGAGCUGUAUGUAUAAAAUAAACACUUAAACACAUUUAACUUCACAUUGCAUUUAAUCAGGGCUUUGCCGAGUGCCCUGAUUUUAUUCAUUACUGUAGCAAUAAACCUGCACACAGAUAUGCUGUUAUUAUAGUAACUUUAUUAACUUCAUUUUAUUAAGUGUGUUUUAUUGAGUGAACAAUGCUUUGAACAUAUUGCAGCAAAAAGAAACAGUGAAUAUUAACUGCUAAUAACUGCAUGGGGAAAGAAAAACAGGCAAAUUUCCAAUAAUCUCAAUUCUUACAACACAAGCUUAUUUUAUAUAAAUUCAUAGCAUUGUGCAUG